AUGUUCCUGUGGCUUCUUGUCUUCUCUGUGUUGAGCCUGAGGACCUGGGGGGAUUACCCACAGUUCUGGAAUGAAACCCAGACCAGAAGGACAUCAGAGAAGUUUCUGGACCUGCUUGCUGGAAUCUCGGGGCUCUUUUCCAAGAAUCAAAAUGGUGUGCCCACCAUUGUUUCCAGAAAGGAGUGGGGGGCAAGGUCAUCAACCUGCAGCACCCCCCUGACCACACCUGUGGCCUAUAUUAUCACGGACCAACUCCUGGGUAUGGAUUGUCAGGAACAGAGCAUUUGCAGUGAGAGGCUUCGGAGCCUGCAGUCCCAUUCUAUCUACAGCAAAGGCUGGUGUGACCUGGCCUACAAUUUCCUGAUUGGAGAUGAUGGCAGGGUGUAUGAAGGUGUAGGCUGGAACAUCCAAGGCAUGCACACACAGGGAUACAACAGCAAGUCCUUGGGGAUCGCCUUCUUUGGCAAUAAGAUAGGCAACAGCCCAAGUCCUUCUGCAUUAUCAGUUGCAGAGGACCUGAUUGUGUAUGCAAAGCAGAAGGGUCACCUAUCGCCCAGGUACCUUCAGCCACUUGUCUUGAAAGAAGAAAUCUGCCUGGCCCCUCAACAGUCAGUGUCACCUAUCAAAGACUGCCCCAACAUUAUCACGAGGUCAACGUGGGAAGCCAGAGAGACAUACUGCCCUAAAAUGAGCCUCCCUGCCAAAUAUGUGAUCAUCAUCCACACCGUUGGGCCACCCUGCAAUGUAUCUAUCGACUGUCAGUUUUAUGUUCGAGAUUUACAGUCUUACCUGAUGGACUCACAAAACUCAUGUGACAUUAAAUAUAACUUCCUGGUGGGCGAGGAUGGUGGUGUAUAUGAAGGAGUUGGUUGGAGCAUCAGAGGUGCUCACUCGAAUGGAUACAACGAUAUUGCCUUAGGAAUUGCCUUCAUGGGCAACUUUAUGGAAAGGCCACCAAAUGCUGCAGCACUGGAGGCAGCCCAGACCCUGAUCCAGUGUGCAGUGGUCAAAGGAUACCUGAUUCCCAACUACCUGCUGGUGGGACACAGAGAUGUGAUUGAUACCUUGUCUCCUGGGAAGGAGUUGUAUAACAUCAUUAAGUCCUGGCCUCAUUACAAACACUAA